UGAAACUUGUGGUGGAUAUUUUACUAACCAAUUCUGAUGAAGGACUUCCUCACACAUUGGUUUUUUUUAACCAUAUUCUUUCCUUGCUUUUUGGUCAUUUGCAAGAAAAAUUUUAAAAGGCUUCCCCUUUGUAAAGUUUGAGAGGCCCUAGAAUUUCCUUUUUCACUUGUUCCCAACCACAAGCAAAUGAUCAAUGUGCCCUGUGGAUGAGGAGUCAACAUUUUACAAGGGUAAAAAGGGGGGAAUAAAAAAAAAAGGGCAAAAAUAAUUUCCAGUCCCUGAAUGGUGUGAAGUAAGAGUGCCACUUUUCAAAGGAUCCCACAAGAAUGGCACAGGUGGGCACAAUGGGUCUGUCUCAUCGUCAAAGGACCCAAGAAGUUGAAAGGAAACUCUAACUACAACACCAAAAUGCCACAAACCAUAGUUAUUAAUACAAACGAAUAAGCAUCCCUGCCUAUCUGUCACCAUCUCAUCUUAAAAACUUGUGAAAAUACGUAAUCCUGAUGAGACUUCAAUUAGGUAUAAAUACCAGCAGUGAAAGGAGAUGCAGUAUAUUGUUCUGAUCAUCUCAGAUCAGCUAUUAGGAAAGGAAGAUCAGCCAAGUCCUUUGGACCUGAUCAGAUUAAUACAGGAGCUACUGAUUUCAACGUCUUUGGCCUAACUCUCUCUAAAAUGAUGAAAUACAUAAGUUAUUUCUUGGCUUUUCAGCUCUGCAUCAUUUUGGGUUCUUCUAGCUAUUACUCCCAGGACAUAGUUAAUAAAGAAAUAGAAGCGUUAAAAGAAUAUUUUAAUGCAAGUAAUUCAAAUGUAUCAGAUGGCGGGUCUCUUUUCUUGGAUAUUUUGGAUAGAUGGGAAGAGGAGAGUGACAAAAAAGUAAUCCAGAGCCAAAUUGUCUCUUUCUACUUCAAACUCUUUGAACACUUAACAGACAACAAGAUCAUCCAAGGGAGCAUAAACACCAUCAGGGAGGAUCUUUCGGCUAAGUUCUUCAACAGCAAUUGCAUUAAACGGGAGGACUUCCUAAAGGUGUCUCAAUUUCAGGUAAAUGACCUGAAGAUCCAGCGUAAAGCAGUGAGAGAACUCAAGAAAGUGAUGAAUGAUCUGUUACCACACUCUACCCUAAGGAAGAGAAGAAGGAGUCAGUCUUCCCUUCGGAGUCGGAGAGCAAAUUACAGUCCUCAUGACUGUAAUAUUUGAAUUUUUAAAUUGAAAUCUAUUUAUUAAUAUUUAACAUUAUUUAUAUGGAAAUAUAUUUUUAGAUUCAUCAAAGAAGUAUUUAUAGUAGCAAUUUAUGUAAUGAAAGAAUAUGUAUUAUUAAUUAUAUGUAUUAUUUAUAAUUCCUGUAUCCUGUAACUGUCUCACUUUACCCUUUUUUUUUUUUUAAUUAGGCAAGAAUAUGUGAUUAAAAGACUUUAUCUCAGGGACCAACUAAACAGCUGACCUAAGUUAGACCCUGUGGGUUGUGCAUUUAUUUAGACAAAGAACACUUAUAAACGAAACAGUACCAUCUAGUUGUUGCCUAUUUGAGAACAUGUCUGCAUUCUGAGCCACUGCUUUAAUGGCACAUCAGACAGCACUUGAAUGUGUCAGGUGAUAUGACCUGUGCCCUGAUAAACUCAGCACCUCACUGGAGAUUUCACACUUGGUGCUUCUGAAUAUUGUUGACAACUGUGACUGCACCCAAAUGGAAAGUAAUUCACUUGUUCAGUUUAUCUGUAUCUAAUAUAUCUGAAUAAAGCAUAACUUCACAACUA